UGUGUGUAACCGCCGCCCGGUUUACCCCGCCCACCUCCUAGGCUCGCGGUACCUCAUAGGCUGCAGAAAGAAACUACCUCAUUUUCUCAGACCAGCGCUGUUUAAAGUCGCCGACAGGCAGCCAGCCACAGUUUUUCUCGGAAAGUGAUCCAAAAUGACGAUGAAACUGGCUUACUGGGAUAUUCGUGGGCUUGCCCAGCCUGCUCGCCUGCUGCUGGAGUACACCGGCACCAAGUAUGAGGACAAGUUUUACAUCUGUGGUGAAGCUCCUGACUAUGAUAAGAGCUGCUGGUUUGAUGAAAAACCAACACUUGGAAUGGACUUCCCCAAUCUGCCCUACUUGGAGGAUGGAGACAGGAAGAUAGUGCAGAGCAAUGCUAUCAUGAGAUACAUUGCUCGUAAGCACAACUUGUGCGGAGAGACAGAGGAUGAGAAGGUCCGUGUGGACCUCCUGGAGAACCAGGCGAUGGACUUCAGAAACGGCUUUGUGAGGCUGUGCUACACUGACUUUGACAAGAUGAAGCCAGGGUACCUUCAGAUGCUGCCAGACGUACUGAAGCAGUUCUCAAAUUUCUUGGGAGACAGGAAGUGGUUCGCUGGUGACAAGAUCACUUUUGUGGACUUCAUCAUGUACGAGCUGUUGGAUCAACACAGGAUGUUUCAUCCUACGUGCCUGGAUGACUUCAAGAACCUCAAAGAUCUUUUAGACCGCUUCGAGGCUCUGGAGAAGAUUGCUGCCUACAUGAAGUCAGACAGAUUCAUGAAGACUCCUGUCAACAACAAGAUGGCCAAGUGGGGAAACAAGAAAGAGAAAUAAUGCAAAGAACAAAAGUUCCCAAGUGCCACUGACUCAACAACUUGUAAAUUCAGGACUAGAGAUAAGAUUGUCUUUAGUAUGUCUUUUUAUAAGUGAUUUACUAGCUAGUUCUGUAGAUUUCAUGCCCUUUAAUCACAUUCUACAGUUAACCCAAAUAUGUAUGUGCCAGUUCUAAAAUCAUUCGCAGUUCAGUCAGAAUUGUGUAA